UAAUCCCUGCCGAGUCUCCCUCGUUUUCCCCUAUAAAUUCAUGCCCUUCCCUUGCGUUCUAAGUUUCAAGCGCCGUCACUGUAUUAGACCCACCGAAAAGAGACGAAGGGAGAGGCCAAAAAGAAUAGGGAGGGAAGUUGGGGUAGAAAGGUCAAGAACAAAAAAAUGACAGCGGCGACACUAGAGUUACCACCAGGUUUCAGGUUCCAUCCAACGGAUGAGGAGCUCGUGCUGCACUAUCUCUGCCGUAAAUGCUCAUCGCAGCCCAUUGCUGUUCCUAUUAUUGCUGAAGUUGAUCUCUACAAGUUUGACCCAUGGGAUCUCCCUGGUAUGGCCUUGUACGGAGAAAAGGAAUGGUACUUUUUUACGCCGAGGGACAGGAAGUACCCUAACGGAUCGAGACCGAAUCGUGCUGCAGGGAGGGGCUACUGGAAAGCCACGGGAGCCGACAAGCCGAUCGGGCAGCCAAAGACAGCUGGGAUCAAGAAAGCUUUGGUAUUUUACGCAGGAAAAGCUCCCAAGGGAGAGAAAACGAACUGGAUUAUGCACGAGUAUCGCCUAGCCGAGGUGGAUCGCUCCGUUCGCAAGAAGAACAGCUUAAGGCUGGACGAUUGGGUACUCUGUCGCAUACACAACAAGAAAGGCACAAUUGAGAAGCAAGGGCAGCAUCUUAGCGUCCAGAAAGCGAAUUCGUCGACGGAGAUUGCCGAGGAGGAUGAGAAGAAGUCGGUGGUUAUGCUGCCGCCACCACCAGGCCCGUCCUCGGCGACAGGAACGGUGAAUGAUUACGUCUAUUUCGACACGUCAGAUUCUGUGCCGAGGCUGCACACAGAUUCGAGCUGCUCGGAGCAUGUGGUGUCGCCAGAAUUCACGUGCGAGGUGCAGAGCAAUCCUUAUAAUUACUUGGAUGCCACCAUGGAUAUUCCGUUCGCGUCUCAAUUUCAGGGGAAUCAUCAGAUGUCGCCGCUUCAGGACAUGUUCAUGUAUCUGCAGAAGCCGUUUUGAAGUCAUAAUUAAUUAUGGGAAUUGACUGUGUUGGAGGGCGCCCGAUCGCACGGUAACACGAGACUGAAAGUCUAUGAGUGUGCGCGUGCGAGCGUAGAUAAGAAUUAACACGAGACUGAUCGGUGAUGAAUUUGGAUUCUUGGGGGGGGGGGGGGGGGGGGGGUGUUAGGUGUGGUCCAGUAGCCGCUACUCUGUAUAGAUGUGGUAGAUUCAGGGAACGACCGUGUUGAGGGUAUAAUUGGAUUUAUAUUUUGUAACAGCAGGCUUUCCUUCGGUGGAAUCUUAUAACAGUUAUUAUUAUUAAUCUGCACGUAUAUCAUUUGUCCAA